CAUAUAAAACGUAUUCAAAAGCUGGAGAAAUUCUGGUUUUUUUUGGAAGAAAUCUAGGGAUUUCUCAACCCUCGAUUCUCUCUUUCAAGAAUCAAGAGGCUCGUCUUGUUUCUCUGAACUCAAUCUGAGAAAAGCAUUAUCUACAGGAGAUGAAAAAGCAAUUUGGUCUGGACAAGUGCAGUAGAGUUCUUAAAAAACUCUUCUGAUUUUUCUUCGGUUGCCAGUAUGUGUGCUAGCUCUUUCCCUAAAAGGGAAGGCUUCGUCUACAAGAGGAGGAAAUUGCAGCAAAACACUGUUGCCAUUCUCUCAGAAGAAAAUACAAGAGAAAAUUCGUAUUGUCCUUCAAUCAUAACUUUUGAAGAGGUUCAUUUGACGUUAAGAAAAGAUGAUGUUAACAAAACUACUGUGACUUCUGCGGAGGGAACCGCUAGAGACCUUUUAGCCGUGAUCUCUGAAGACCACCAUCCACGGGAGCCCACUUGUGCUGCCAGCAUAAAGAUCAAUGAUAGGACACCAGAAGCCAUCCCUAUCAAUACUUGUUCUGAUAAAUGGGAUGAAACGCAUCCCACAGCAUCUACAAACGCUUCAUGCAGACCGAAGUUUGAGCAUCACUCUGCUAUACAGGAUGCAUGUUCAUCAUCCAAGUUUAUUACAAGGCAUUGUUCAACUUUCAAAAGAACAGAAGCAGAUGAUAUUCGUGAGUGUUCUUCAACAGAGAAUAUGUUUAUGAAAGCAUCACUGGAAUACACUUCAUCAAGGGAUUUCUGCAUUUUUGUGCUUAGAAGUCUUGGGUUGCUCAAUGGUUCAUGUGCUGAUGUCGGAUCAGCUUCAUCAGAAAACCUGGAUGUUAAUGGUAAAUCCACUUUGCCAUGCAAAAAAUGUGGUCUUCAGGAAAAUCCAAGAAAGAUGCUAAUCUGUGACCUAUGUGAUGAAGCAGUUCACAUUUCUUGCAACAGUUCUAAAGUGAAAAAACUACCAGUUGAUGAAUGGUAUUGCCGGUCUUGUAUGAGAAAGAGACCAAAGCCUUUCCUGACUAGCAACUCUGGAAAAACAUCUCAACGAUUAAAUCCUAUAUCAUCCAUGUUUGUUGAUAAUCAGCCAUAUGUCUCAGGGGUUCGAAUUGGUAAAGAUUUUCAAGUGGAAGUUCCAGAAUGGUGUGGUCCGACCUCUAUUGAUAAUGAUUACUUCAAUGAGACCUCAGCACUUGAUCCUACUGAAGAUGCAACUGUAACUGGUUUUGCUAGUAACAAAUCAUCGAGGUAUCACUCUAUCGGUAACUGGGUUCAAUGCCAAGAGGUGAUCUACAAUGGUGCAGAUGAUGAAGGAACUAUAUGUGGAAAGUGGCGCAGGGCACCUCUUUCUGUAGUUCAAACCGAUGAUUGGGAUUGUUCAUUUGCUCUGCCUUGGGAUCCAAUUUAUGCUGAUUGUGCUGUUCCUCAGGAGCUUGAUACAGAUGUUGUUCAUAAGCAUUUGAAGUAUAUACAGAUGGUACGAGUUCGGAUGGCAAAUAGCAAAUGGAAGCCGAAGCAAACUAAUAAAUGAUGAGUCAACAUGACAAUCUUCAGUUAUAAUAGAUGGUCGUAAACUUUAAGCAAGGUGACAACCAAUGUAUGCAACAUUUGCCGCAUCCCUUGGAAUCCUGUCAUUCUCCAGGCAACAAAAAAUACAUGAUGGUUUAGAUGGUGCUUCAUGCUUGGUUUUGCAACUAGUUUCUUCACUUGCAUGCAUAUACUAUAAAAACUUUUUCGGCCUUUUAAAGGGCCAUCUCAUGUUAGUUGUAUUCAAUGAGAAUGUAUAGAACUAUCAAAUAGAACAAUAAGACAACAGGAUGUUAGAUAACAAUAAAAUUACCAUAUUCUUUA